UCCGCAUAGCCAAGAAUACUAUCAAUGGCUUCCGCAUCCUCAUCUUCACCCUUAGUGUCCGUGACGCGAGAGGAGUUCAAUGCUUUCCACAAGUCUGACAGAGCCCUUUUCACCCGUCUUGUCGUACGUCUAAGGCGAGACAUUAGCCAGUCUCUUCAGGUCAUGAGCUUUCUCCUCUAUCUCGAGAAAAGUGGUCUCCGGAUCCUCAUGCACCUAAUCGUGAAUCUUGUCUCUUUACCGGACUAUUUCACCAACUCCGUGGCUGACGAAGUCAUGAUGUGUCUGAGUUGCUUGUCCUACAACACUUUCUCAUCGUUUGUCGCCAGCACCGGGAUGAACAUCAACUCCUCUACCAUACCUUUGAUCACGCGAAUGUCUGGAGGGUACUUUACUCUCGAAGUCAUCCACCAGAACCGCGAAAACAUUCUCCUUGCGAUGAAGAAGCAUUUAAACAGCAUCUGUUACCCAGCUUUUGAGGAUAUAUGCGUGCGAGCUGAGAUGAAUAAUAAGGAGAUUCUAGAGAAGGAAAAGGCGAUAGAGAUGAUGAAGCAGUUGAGUAUCAACAGGGCUGUUCGUAGGCCUGAAUCAAGCAGCCAGUUCUUAAGUGAACAACAAGAAACAGCAAGAACAAGCAAUGUUGGUGCAAUAUUCUCUGAGGAUGAGCAAUCUAGGGAAGACGUAAGGACUGUCUUCCUCACAUUUUCUAGAGGAUACCCAAUCACUGAAGCAGAAGUGCAUGCCUAUUUCACCAGGAGAUUUGGGGAGAUAAUAGAAGCGAUAAUCAUGCCAGCAGGAGAAGGGAAUGAGCAGGCGCUGUAUGCAAAGAUGGUGUUACAUUCUGCCGCCAUGAUACCGGAGAUUGCAAGCGAUGAGGUAACCAGGACCAAAUACAUCAUUAAUGGAAAACAUGUUUGGGCUCGAAAAUACAUCCCUAGAUCCUCCAUGAUGACCAUUAAUAAUGGUGCCCCAUCCAAUGGAGUGUCUCUCUAG